AUGGCACCCCAGACAUGUUCCCAGAGAGCCCUCAGAGCUGCUUCCAACACAUCCUCCACUGAUGAAAGUGAAAUCAGACAUGCAUUUGACAAUGUCAUGAAAGCCAUUUCUCCUCCAUCUCAUCAUUCAGACUCAGCAUGCUCUUCUCCUCUGUCCCCAUCCUAUGGUGUAAUAAUGGGCAGUCUCCUUUCCAGAGUAAUGACUCCUCCAGAAGAUCCAGAUUCCUCUGUUGAUGAGGAUGAAGUGAACCAGAUACACAAGAAGUGCCAGGCCAUGAUAAACCACUUGAGUGGGUCAGAUGAGGAGUGUCAAAGCAAUGCCUCUGGUGAUUCCUUGGUGAAUGUGCAUGGCCUAUCACUUGCACCAUCACAUCCACCCCAUCAAGACUCAAGUCAGGAGUCAGGGGCACCUUCUGUACAUGGUAUCAUCAUGUGUCCCAUGGCCAGGCCUACCACAUGGGUGAUGGCCUACCAGACUCUAGGGACACUCUGGUAUGAAACUUGGAUCAAUGCCAGCAUCCUCAACUUUCAUCUCCUGUCCCAAUGUGGGGGCACCCAUGCCUUACCAGAUGCACAGGAGAUUCAAUUUUUUCAUCAACACCAUCUCUUCAAUUCCCAUCCUGCUGAUCCAUCUGUUCCCAUUGCCUUUGUGGUCAUGCAAAACAGUCACUUCUUUGUUGCAGUCUUUGAUUAUUGGUUGAACCUUGCAUUCAUCCUUGGAAGGCACAUCAAAUGCAUCCCAGAAACCCCCCAUCCAUACUAUGACCCACUGCACCAUGACUGGAAUACAUGGAAUGGCCCUUUCUACUGGACAUGCAUAGCAUCUCUUCAUGGAUUUGAUGCCAUCAACCCAACCCAAGUUGAUGUGCAGAUGUUCUACUUGGGUCCCCCCAUCAGAUUGUCAGACCAUAUCCUCCAAGUAGGUGUUCCAGCUAACUACAAGUCUUCUCAUCAAAUCAGUGACCAUGUUACUGGAAAUUACUCCCUUGCCCUGCAGGUGCCCCAUCCAUCAAGAGUUGAUGUGGAUGAUGUGGUCAUACUGGGUGCCUCUCAGAUGAUUGAGAUUGGCUCAAGCACCUCAGAAUGUCUCAUGAACACCUUUGUGAAUGGGUGGCACAAGGAUGGACAUCACAUCUGCCUGGACCUGGAGCUGGAUCACAAGUUGGUGACUCCAGAGGAGUUGGAAGUCACCAUGGCCAAUGACAGUCUCAUAUGGGUGAUGCAUUCCCUACAGUUCAACACACCCCUACCCAUCUACCUUGGUCCCAUCAUUGAGGAAAAGGCUCCUAUGCACAAGCACAAUCAUGUGUACAUCAACAUCCUUGUGCCUCAGUCAGAGGCAGAUUCCAGUGCCAUUGGAAGCCAUACCAAAUGGUUGACCAUGGCAUUUCCUUUGUGUGGAGUUCCCCACACAGUGUUUGGUGCCUUGAGCAAUGCUGCUGGCACCAUGAAUGUCUACAUUUGCUUUCCCAGGAUGAUCCACAGGGAUGAGAUGAUGCACAAGCAUGCCAAUCACAUCCCAAAGGAGGUCCUUGACUUUUUCUGGGAGCAUGUCCUACUUCCAGCAUCUGUACACAUCCCAAUGUUUCAAGGUGGCAAAACCAAGAAGGCUGGUCAGCCAAAAGCAGUCCCCUUUUCUAUGCAAGUGCUGAAGCAGAUCCAGAAGACCAUGGAGGCAAUCAUUGGAGAGGACCCUUCAUGA